UUUACCUAUAUUACUUUGAUUGGGGUUUGUUUGUUGACGGGAGACCUGAAAAUUAUGAUUCAGUUCAUUUAGAAAGUUGGAAUAUUUAUGUUUCCACGUAUAUAAUACAAGACAGUGUGCUAAAAUAUUAUUUAAUCGAUUUAAAUGACAAAUUAUCAGGAAAUAGUCAACUUGAACGUCGGCGGGACAAAAUUUGCUACAUCCUGGCACACACUGACAUGGGUGCCAGACACAUUUUUCACAGCUCUACUCAGUGGGCGCAUACCUACAGUCAGAGAUGAAACUGGUGCUAUAUUCAUAGACCGAGAUCCAAACUUGUUUGGGCUCAUCUUAAAUUUCCUCCGAACCAGAGACAUAGACUUGAAUAAUGUCAACAUUAGAGCACUCAGACACGAGUGUGACUACUUUGGCAUCACUCCCCUUAGCAGGAGACUGGCUCUAUGUGAUGAGAUGAAUCAUUCUUCAUGUGGAGAUGUGCUCUUCUAUGGAUACCUACCACCACCUUUAAACACUCCAUUACCAAGCAACAGCAGCAAUAGAAAUAGCAAUGGAUGUUCUAGAAAGAACUCCACCGCGUCAAAUGCUGAUGCACCAUGUAAUAGGACACACUCAAGGAACUCUUCCCUGGACCUGAGGACUGUGGGCAGGAUACCUUCGCAGGACCAAUUGAGUCGAUGUGGCCGUGGACAUUCCAGAGCCGCUUCUUUAGGCAAUGCAGACUGUUAUAAAGGGAUACGCCCGCCGGAAUUAAACGCGUGGGCAGACAGCAUGAAAGUUCAAAUUAUAAAGGCACACCACAAUUGGAUCGCGGUUGCAUACACACAUUUCGUUACUGGAUACAGAUUGACAGAUUCAUGCGGAUGGUAUGUCGUGUUCCAAUCGCCCGUCCAAGACUCUGUGAUAGAGAGGAUAGCGUUGAACGCCAAGACGGGCGGCGGGGCAACGGCCAGCGGCACGAACACUACGGGGACUGAUGUCAUGUUGGGCAUAGCGAGCGGGCCGCUGGUACGGUUGUGGGCGUUCUCUACGCAUAGCGAGCCUGUCCGGAGGACAUUAGUUGGCACAUUCAACUUGGGUGUUCGGGUGGAGCACCUGCUAUUCGUCGGGCCACAACUGGUGGCCCUGAGCGGAGCGGGCGCGCGGAGCAAGGCGGGCGUGUGGCACACCAGCACGCAGCACUGGCAGACGCAGGACGUGGCGCAUCUCAGCACACACGACACCGCCGGCUCGUUCCUGCUGCUGGGGACCAACACGGGCGCCAUCAACUAUAUAGAUAUGCAAAAAUUCCCGCUCCGUAUGAAGGACAAUGAUCUACUAGUCACUCAGUUGUAUAAGGACCCCAAUCAAGAACCCAUCACAUCCAUAUCAGUGUACCUCACCCCUAAGACCAAUCUGUGCGGCAACUGGAUAGAGAUAGCAUAUGGUACUCGGUACGGCUCAGUACGGGUCAUAGUGCAGCAUCCAGAAACCGUGGGCCACGGGCCGCAACUCUUCCAGACCUUCACCGUCCACCAGAGCACUGUCACCAAGGUCUCUCUAUCAGAAAACUACCUAAUAUCGGUAUGCAGCGAAUACAACCACGUCCGCUCCUGGCGAGUGACUCGCUUCCGAGGAAUGAUCUCCACCCAACCCGGCACCACGCCCAAGGCUGCCUUCAAAGUGCUCGCGCUAGAGGCCCCCACCGCCCAGCCACACAACGACUGCGGACCAUACGGCGAGCAAGAUGAGGAACAGAUUUUCAUUCAGAAAGUAGUGCCGGAUACGGACACGUUAUAUGUGCGCUUAGCGUCGAAUGGAAGAAGGGUAUGCACAAUCCGCUCCGUGGACGGGUCGGCCGUGUCGUGCUUCGCGGUCGCGGAGUGCGAGGGCGCGCUGCGGCCGCGCCGCCUGCUGCUGUGCGGGCACCGCUCCGGCGCCGCGCAGAUGUGGGACCUCAGCGCCGCCAUCGACAAGGCGGCCAAGCCCGCGCUCUCCGUCGGCACCGGCACCAGCACCAGUAGCGCGGAAGGCGACGAGUCCCCGAUCCCCGACGGCGGGCCGACGGCCGACGAGCUGGUGCGUCUCCUGUCGGCGUGCGACCUGGACGCCACGCCGGCGCCGCCGCCGCUGCUGCCGGCGUCGCCGUCGCCCAACCGACCGAUACCGUGAGCUUUCUGCGGAGCACUCGCCAGACUUAGGGACUUCUUGCUACCGAGUUAGGGCCAAUAUGCACUUGCGGCUUUGUUAUUUCGAUUUUAGGACCUGUAUAAUGUUAUAUAUUAUUAACCGCCAACGCCAACAUUAUAGGAUGGCGGGGCGCCGCCGAGGUUGCCCGCAAGUGCGUAUGGAUUUGGUCUCCAUUCGACGAUAAACGAGAGUUUUCUAGAUUAGCUAUGGAAGUUAUUUUUCGGUGCGAUAGAAUUAACAAAAAACCGGCCAAGUGCGAGUCUGACUCGCGCACCGAGGGUUCCGUACUUUUUAGUAUUUGUUGUUAUAGCGGCAACAGAAAUACAUCAUCUGUGAAUAUUUCAACUGUCUAAACAACUGUAAAAACAGUUCAUUUUUAUUUUUAUUUUUUUAUUUUUUAUUCAUUACAUUUCACAGCAUAACAGUGAUCCAAAGCACUGUGAAACCAAUAGACAUUUCAUACACAUAGUACACAAAUCUAAACUAACAUAUAACAGAAGAAGGCCGUUCAUUCCUCGUCUCGCAGAACCUCAAGCAUUCAUAACACACGUCCAACCAUCCACUCGCAAACACAUCACAGUUUGGUGCUGAUUCGAGGAGUGAGUUUAGCAGGUGCAAGGCUUGAACAAGCGGUGAUUUACGGCGGGACACAGUUCG